CUGUUGGGAGCAGAGAGGAUGUGGAGCGAUGAGAGGAAUGACUGCAGCUGACUCUAGCUGCUCUGUGAUUGGCUGAUCACCGACACCAGAAUCCAAAUGGCUCAUCUGGUCCUCGCCAGUAAGGUCGCCAUGCCAGACGACCACCACGGCAAAGGCGGCGUCAGGAUCCCGACCGGCGUCUCCAAGAUGCCGUCGUCCGUCUCCGCCGACAAGCCGAGUCGCGACCGGCUCAGGAAGGACCAGCACGGCCUCGUGGUGACCCGCGUCCCCCACAUCAACGAGGUCCAGCUGACGGCGGCGACCGGCGGUGCGGAGAUGUCCUGCUACCGCUGCACGGUGCCGUUCGGCGUGGUGGUGCUCAUCACCGGCGUGGUGGUGACGGGCGUGGCCUACACCUUCAACUCGCACGGCUCGCCCAUCUCGGUGCUGGGCCUGGCGCUGCUGGGCGCCGGGCUGGCCCUGCUGGGCUCCAGCGCCCUCUGCUGGAGGCUGCGGCGCAGGAAGAAGAAGGACAAACGCAGGGAGAGUCAGACCGCCCUGCUGGCCAGUCAGGGGUACUGCGUGGCCUGAACAUGGAGGAAGGAAGGGGCGGAGGUAGGAAGCAGGAAGAAGGAGAAAGGAAGUACGAAGCUCAGACUUUUCACUGCAGGAUGAAGAAAACUCUCUUUAACACCAGUUUAACGGUUAGUCCUGAAGAAAGUGAUGGACAAACAUCCUGACUGAGGAUUGUGGAUUUUCUGACGGUUUCAGCUCUCGAUUUCUGUGGUUUAGCCACUUUUAUCAUUAGGAGCUAUUUCAAAGCUUUACUUUGACUAAGAAACAGCUGAGAAUCCGAGGGGGGUGGAUUUGUUGAAAUAUCAGAAAAACAUGAAUUCUAUCCAAAAUUUACAAUUUCAUGAAAGUUGUUGUUACACCCAUAAGCUGAGAACACAUGAUAAUUUUCAACUCAAAAAUAAUUAAAGGUGCUGUAGGCAGGAUUUUGCUAGUCAAUGCUAAUUUUUCUGUGUUUUCUUUGGAUUAAAUGUUAGAGUAUCCAUUGAUA